AUGUCAGACUCCUACCGCCCCUCCAACUCUCCCCUAACAAAUGGGCACCACCACCGCGACCACCAUCACCAUCGCCCAACCUCCACCCUCCCACCACCACACCCAUCCCUACCCCCAGCGCCAAUCCUCUCCGAAGAAGCAAAAUCUACAAUCGAUCUUCUCAAGACAACCUACAAAAAGCGCGGCCAUUUCGACACUUUACGAAAGGAUAUAUACCAAUCUUUCACCGAUACAGUAUCCCCCCCCUUUUCGGUCCCCCCCCGCUCCUCCUUCAGCUUUGCUAAUGCAGCUGUACUUUGAAGGGCACAAAGCUUCAUUUCAUAGCCGCCCUCGAGAAAAUCGCCGGUGCGGAGAUCGAGCGCGACCCAAGUCUGCUUGCGAGGGACAAGGGCAAGGCAGCGGAAUUGAUCGAAACUACAGUUUUACGAGGGGAUACGUAUUCUAAUGUAGAGAAGGCGGUGGAAGAGCUACUCGCGGCCAGGAGGGCGGAAAUUGAAGGGAUGCUAAAGGGGAUCAUGGAGGAGCAAGGGCUCUUGCCAAAGGAUGAAGAGGAGGGAAGCGGGGAAGGGGGGAAGGAUAGAGAUGGGGAUGCGGAUAUGGGUGGUGCUGUGGCCGUGCCUGUGGAGAGGGAGCGCGAGAAGAAUAGGAAUGGGGAUAGAGACAGGGACAAGGGUAGGGAUAAGGAUCGCGAGAGGGAUAG